UGCUUGCUUAAACGGUCCCCCAGUGUUCGUCCAAACACCGAUCCGUUCAAACAUCCAGUUUGGUGGACACUUUUUCCCGCUUGCUUGAUACUUUGAAACGUCCCUACGUGCUUCGUCGCUCGCGCUUAGUUGGAGACUCGUUGUCAAUCUCAGUCGUUUUCAUUUCUGGGCGCUUUUACAGACUAUCCUAGCGCAAUGUUCAGAUUACGUGAAUUCUUUUCCGUCAUUUUUCUGCUAUUCAGUUUCUCCGCAACAAUAGGUUUUUCCGUGUCGAAGCUUCGAAGGUUGGAUAACAAUAAAGCAAUGGAGGACACAAUGCCUACUGAAAUAUCGGAAAGUAGUACAAGUGAAAGGAUCCAACUAGAUUCAUGGUUGAAUCACCCUUCGGCUAUCAACAUUAAAUCUUGCUGCGAACGCGUACCUAAAAAAUACUUUGUUGGACAGGGAUUGGAUGGAGAGAUUUCUGUAGAUAUUGGCCAAUGUCGGCAGUCGUGUUCAACAAGGAGGACGAAAAUCAAUCGGAAAGAAUUCGAGGCCAUUUUGAAGGCCAAUUAUUCGGUUGACCCAGUUGAGUUAUUUUUGGCUAUGCAACGUGACAUUUCACCAAAGUCGUGUGGUGACGAUUCCCAUUGUUUACCUACUCGGACCGUCGUUGAACGACACAUGACGAUGUCAGGUAUGCAGGAAGUGUCUGUCAUCGAAGACUGUUCCUGUUUGUCUGAUCCUGAGCUCUGUCAUCGGGUGGAGGAGCGAGCUAUUCAUUUCCCGGGAACACCGUUCGAAACUUCCGUCGAUGUCGGUAGAUGCUCAGGACCUUGUAGCUCCGGUAAUUCGCUCCGCUGCAGGUCGACGAGGAAUAAAACGGUGGCCAUUGCGGGACCAAACGGAGAUACUUGUGUUGAAGUUAUCGACAAGUGUGGCUGUGCAUCAUCAUGUUAUCGAGCCUCUUCAAUGGAACACAUUUACGAUUUUGUAUCACCACUGGACGACGAAACAGCAAACAGUCCUGUCAUUAAGGUAGUCGAUGUUGGGAAAUGUGUUGGAGAAUGCAAUACCUCGCAUCAUAAGGAGCACUGUGUCCUGCGGGAUAAGGACGACAGCUCCAAAUGUUUGAUGUCGCUUACUCGGCGGGAGAACAAUUGCGUUCCUUUGGGCUUCCAGCUUCAUCACUUUCGAAACAAGAACGGCACAGCGAAGAGUAUGCUCUCCAUAACUGAUUGCGGUUGCCAAUAGUCGUGAUUAAGACGCCGAAAAGAAUUUCAGUUAAAUCUAUGAAAAUCAUUCUUCGAAGUGCUUAAUAGUGACAUCACAUCAACGUUUUUAUUGAUCGUGUUACAUUAUCUGAUUUUAUUUUUCGCCGUUCCGAUUCAAUUGGCCAAAUUGUUCACUUUUCCAAAUAUUUUUCCAUUUACAAAACAACUUCGAUAUAUGACAGCUAGCCACUCGGAAAAUAGAGGCACUGUGAUAAUAUAUUUGAAUGCAUUUUUUGUUUACGAGCAAGACGACAACCAAGAAAUUGCAAUAAUCAUCAAAGACUUCCAAACGUCUAUGAAUUUUUGGAACUUUCAUGUGCUUGCUUACAUUGCUUUUGUUUUGUUUAACCAACUUAAUCUUUUUGUAAAUAAACAGCGAACUUAUCAAAA